AUGGUUAUUGAUUCUUCUCUUUCUCCCUCGAGAUCGAGCUCUAGUUCCCGUCCUCCUUUGAAACCUACUAGUACAGAAUCUAUGGUUAGAGGUCGUCAAAGACCAGGAUCUUCUCAAUCUUCUUGGAUUAGAAGUGCUUCUGCUUCAAGUCUCCUUAGGAAAAAAAGAUCAAUGACUCCAAAAAUGGCUAAAGAAGAUGAGAUUAACAUUAACAAUUUAACUGCGUUGAAUAAUAACACUAAUAUUGAUAUAGUUCCAAAUGUGCCAUUUCCUGGCCAGUUCACUAAAAAUUCAAAUUCAAGCAGUAGCAGCAUUUUGGUAGAUUUAUUACCCUCUUUUGAAAUGUACAAUACUUUGCAUAGACAUAUACCACAAGGUAAUGUCGAUCCAGAUCGUCACGACUUCCCUCCAAGUUAUCAGGAAGUUCAAACUCAGCAUUCUUCUAUUCUACCUAUCCAUGAACGUCCAGAUUUAAUGAGCAUUAACCCUUUUAGCCAUAGUUCUUCAGAUUUGACUGUUAGCAAUACCAAUUCCAUACAAGGUUCCUCUUCAUCCACAAAUUUACAUGCUCAUAAUUCACUGAUAGAGAAUAGUUUACAUCCGUUAUCAACUCAGCAUUUAAAUUUACAAUCAACUACUUCCGCCGCAGCAAUCGAUAAUAAUAUCCCAAUUGAAGAUGACUUAAAUGGUUCCGAUAAUAUUUUUAUCGAUAAACUAUAUACUUUACCAAAACUUACAACCCCUGUAGAGGUCGAUAUACGUAUAACAAAACAUGCCCCACAACCUCAUGAGAAGCCAGAAGAAGAAUCUAUUCUAAAGGAAUAUACUUCUGGUGAUGUCAUUCAUGGUUAUUGUAUUAUAGAGAAUAGAUCAUCUCAGCCAUUGAAAUUUGAAAUGUUUUAUGUCACAUUGGAGGCAUAUACUUCUGUUAUAGAUAGACAGAAGGGAAAGAGAACCGUUAAACGAUUUUUAAGAAUGGUCGAUUUGAGUGCAAGCUGGUCUUAUACUAACAUGUGUCUAGCUACUGGUGUAAACUUAGUAGCCGGUGAUGUCGAUUAUGAUCACUCUAUCAUUGGAUUAAAUAACAACAGAGUACUGGAGCCAGGCAAAAAAUAUAAAAAAUUUUUUACUUUUAAAUUACCAAGUCAGUUAUUAGAUAUAACAUGUAAACAGGAACAAUUCGCUCAUUGUUUGUUACCUCCAAGUUUGGGUUUAGAUAAAUAUAGAAACAAUGGAAGAUACUCUGGAAUUAAAGUUAAUAGUGUCUUAGGUUGUGGUCAUUUAGGUAUUAAAGGUUCACCAAUCUUAACAUAUGAUCUUAUAGACGAGAAUUUAUCCAUCAAUUAUACAAUCGACGCAAGGAUUGUCGGUAAAGACAUGAAAUCUCAAAAGUUGAAUAUUAUGAAAGAACAGGUUUAUAAUAUCAGAGUUAUACCUUUUGGUUUCUCAUCAACAGUAUAUAAUGAUACCAAACCACUGCAACAACUGAAAGAUAUCACACUAUUAGUAGAGGAUAGAUUGAAAGCCUUAGAAUUAAUUUUUGAUAGAUUAAAAAAUAAUGAACCUAUUACUGAUGAUGAUAUCCAUACAACCUCUGCCACAGCUAGAUAUUCUAAUGACUCAAGUCUAAGCUCGGAGCAGAUUUUGGAAAGAAAAGUACGACAAUUAUAUAUAGAUGGCGACAAUGGACAGAAUAAGCGUCUGAGCCUAUUUAAGGACUCCAAGAGUAUGGAAUUUGAGGAUGACUACGUUGAGGCAGAAUUGAAUUAUAAAAUGAAGUCAAAAUCAUUAUCCACAUCAAACCUAACAUCUGGUCUUUUCGCUGGUCUUCUCGGAACCCCUUCAUCAUCUCCAUCACCACCUUCUUCUUCUUCGUCAGCAAUGCACUCCAGCAGACCUGAUAUCUCUCCAAAUGGUAAACUUGAGAAACUGGGUAUCAUUGUAUUAACCUGCAAGGUUCCUAAAAUAGGUUUAACUUAUUGGUCACCAUCGCUAUUAAGGAAGACUAAUAGGUUCGCAUCGAAGAAUCAGCAUGAUAAAGAAAAUUGGCUAAAAUUAAAGAGUACACUACCUGAGGAUGAGAAAACUUCAUUGAAAAAGCUAGAUAUCCAGUUAUCUUGUCUAUUGUCUAAUAAUAGUGCGCCGCAUGAUCCUCCUGAGAUUCAGUCAGUUACAACUGAGUUGAUCUGUGUUACUGCAAAAUCCGACAAUUCUAUCCCAAUCAAGUUAGAUUCGUCAUUAUUAAUGAAUGAUGAAAAAAUCAAGAAUAUGAAGAGAAGGUUUGCUGAUUUCUUGGCUAAGAUUAAAGAAUACAAUAAGAAAUUCAAUGAAAAGAUCGUUGAAUUGAAUGACCUAUACAAUUCCAAUCGUAGCAGCAACAGACGUGAACUUAAAUUCACUGAUUUUGUAUCUUCACAAAUUUACAAUGAUGUAGAAAGUUUGGCAAACAUCGAAGUUAACACAACUCAUUUGAAUGAAACGUUCAAGAAGCAAAUUCAGACUUUAAGAUCCAAUAACGAUAUUAUAUCUCCAUCUAUGACUAACGGAGGAGCUAACGCUAGUAGGAGUUCCAGUGCUACUAGGUUGUCAACUACUUUCAGUGGUUCUAAUUCUAAUUCUGGAUCCAAAACUUCUAUAUCGUCUAAAUUUACUGAUCAGAUUAUUCAUAGAUGGAUUAAAAAGACUCCAUCAAGCUAUAAAAGAGAGGUAUCUGUUAAUCUAGAGUACAAUCCUGAAAUUAGGGAGACGUUAGUGCCUAGUUUUGAGAGUUGUUUGUGCUGUAGGUUUUAUUGUGUUCGAGUAAGCAUUAAAUUUGAUCACCAUGUAGGUGUCGCAAAAAUUGAUAUACCUGUAACAGUGAAAAACUUUAUGGAGUAA